AUGUACAAAGAGACGGUCUACUCCGCCUUCAAUCUGCUCAUGCACUACCCACCGCACUCGGGAGCCGGGCAGCCCCCCCAGCCGCAGCCCCCGCUGCACAAAGCCAGUCAGCCCCACCAUGGAGUCCCCCAACUCUCUCCUCUCUACGAGCAUUUCAGCAGUCCACACCCCACGCCCACCCCUACAGACAUCAGCCAGAAGCAAGUUCAUAGGCCGCUGCAGACCCCUGACCUCUCUGGAUUCUACUCUUUGACCUCAGGCAGCAUGGGACAGCUCCCCCACACCGUGAGCUGGCCCAGCCCUCCUCUCUACCCCCUGUCCCCUUCCUGCGGAUAUAGACAGCACUUCCCUGCCCCUCCCGCAGCCCCUGGCGCCCCCUACCCCAGGUUCACUCACCCAUCCCUGAUGCUGGGCUCAGGUGUUCCGGGUCAUCCGGCAGCCAUCCCUCACCCGGCCAUUGUGCCACCCUCAGGGAAGCAGGAGCUGCAGCCCUAUGACCGAACUCUGAAAACACAGACAGAGUCUAAGGCAGAGAAGGAGGCUAAGAAGCCAACCAUCAAGAAGCCCUUGAACGCCUUUAUGCUGUACAUGAAGGAGAUGCGAGCCAAGGUCAUUGCAGAAUGCACACUCAAGGAGAGUGCCGCCAUCAAUCAGAUCCUGGGCCGCAGGUGGCAUGCACUGUCUCGAGAAGAGCAAGCUAAGUAUUAUGAGCUGGCCCGCAAGGAAAGGCAGCUUCACAUGCAGCUAUACCCAGGCUGGUCGGCACGGGACAAUUAUGGAAAGAAGAAGAGGCGGUCAAGAGAAAAGCAUCAAGAGUCCAACACAGACCCUGGCUCGCCUAAGAAGUGUCGUGCUCGCUUUGGCCUCAACCAGCAGAUGGAUUGGUGUGGCCCCUGCAGGAGGAAAAAGAAAUGCAUUCGACACUUCAUGGACCAAGAAUGACCUGUUAAUAGCAAACACAUGCAGUGUCAACCACAAAGCUCAAGAUGACAAUGCUUCUCAUGGGGAUUGAGAAGCUGUUUACAACAAACCAGCUGCUACUCCUAAGCUGGACCAGAAGAAGCCUCUCACCAUGUUCUCAAGCUUGCAAGAAAGGAGCAAAUGGAAUUAGGCCUAUGAGUCCAGGCAACAGGAAUAACCUGCCCCCUCCCCCCCCCAGCAAGCAAAUGUGGGUAUAGAGGGUGUCUGGUUUUAUUUCAAAUUACACAUCUCCGCUUAUUAAUCUUUUCACUUCCACGUCCACCUCAUCCCCAUCAGUUAGUUGAGCCAGCUUCUGGGCAGCUAUGAGCAGACAGACACUGGCCCUACGCCUGCAAAGCCUAUCCAGUAUGCAGACUAGGCCAGCUUGCAUUUCCUUACGGGGCUGCAGGAAGAACCAUCACAACUAAAACCCAGGAGCCCAGAAACCUCUAGUGGUGGACAUGAUUUUCACCACAAGCCACUUUAACAUUUUUGAGCCAAGCUUCAAUCCUGAGCCUUAAUUUUUUUUUUUUUUUUUUUGCAUUUUUCACUGUACCUAGUCUGAAUCCAAAGAAAACUGGCUGUCUAUUCCAAACGCCUCUCAAGAAAAAACUUUUAGUUCCUACUUUAGCCACUGGUUUUUCAGAAUCCAAAGAUCACAUAUUCUAGUGUAGUGUUACAAGAGGUCUUGGGGGGGAAGAAGACCAAUGUAGUAUUCAAAGUAUUUUUGUAUUAUUAAUGUGUCAUCAUAGAGAAACUUUUUUAAACAUAAUAAAGAUACUUUUUACUGGGUUUUUUCAAAGCCUGACACUGA